ACCAUUCGACCGGACAUCGCAGUUAGUCGAGCCGUGUGCAGCGGGUCGCCGCCCGAGCAGCCAAACAAAGAAUGGCGAAUUCCACGGCAAGAGGCGGUCUGGGCAAGGACGGCAGGCUUCAGAAUUCCUGGGACCCGAUGGACUUCGUGAACGAGGUCCCGACGCCUGCGUGUCUGAUGAGAGUGACGCGGGACAUAGCCGACAUCAAGGCCGACCCGCUGCCCGGCAUCCACAUCUCGCCCGAGGAGAGCGACCUCACCAGGAUCCACGCUCUCGUGGUGGGACCGGAGGGCACGCCGUACGAGGGCGGCUUCUUCCACUUCUUUCUCAAGUGUCCGCCAAACUACCCGGUUCAGCCGCCCCGAGUGCGCCUGAUGACCACGGACGCCGGCAGAGUGCGCUUCAACCCGAACCUCUACGCCAACGGCAAGGUGUGUCUCAGCAUCCUCGGCACAUUUCCCGGACCAGCCUGGAGCCCAGCACAGGGCAUAGGCAGCGUCCUGGUCUCGAUACAAUCGCUGCUCAACGAGCAGCCUUUCUACAACGAGCCAGGUAUGGCACAACUGGGAUGGCGGGUAGAGUCCCAGCAGUACAACGACAGAGUGCAACACGACACCGUCAGGGUGGCCAUCUGCGACGCAGUGGGAGCAUCCCUUAAGAACGACCCUCCCUGCCCGCGAGACCUGGCGGAGGUCAUCCUGAAGACGUUUGCCGAGUCGUACAACAAGUACGAGCAGAAGGUUCAAUCCCUGAUCCUGAACAAUACCGGCACGUCAUGGGCUCAGUACCUGGGCUUUACAACCACGUACAAAUAUGAGCCACUGCUCAAGAGGCUUCAGGAUCUCCGCAAGCUGGUGAAUGAGAAGAUUGAAGCUCAAGCCGCUGCUCAAGCCCCAGCUCAAACUACUGAUUAGGUGCUGACUGUCGGGAGUUCGCGCUCUAGGCUCGCGAAACAAAGUACUUGCAGAACGCAGAAAACAAAAAUUUUCGAUUAUAUUUUUAGUCAUUAAGUUGCGUAAGAAAACUUCGUGCAGAAAGCACACAUGUAUAUCAUGUUCGCGGGAACCCUCCGCCUAAAUUAAAUUCAGACAUGUUUCUGUCGACGAUUGCGCUCUACAACGCACUAUAGCGCAGCUGAUUUCUCCUCAAUGGGCAAUCAGUUUCGAGUAAAAACUUUUUUUAGUCUACGUAGAAUCCUACGUUGAUCAGUACCGAUAAACAAGAUAAGUUCACCUUUCGACAGUUUUCGCGUCAGUUUGAAAGUUUGGAAAUCUUUGUGAACAAGUGAAGGCAACGUUAAAGCAACGUACCGGUCUAGUCUAGCAGCAAAAGGCACUGUAACAGCUAGAAAUUUCAGGCAUAAACAGGGACCUGGAGGGUUGAACACGAAAUGAAAAGUAGUGCACUGCCAGAAGACAGCUGCCACUUCGAGGAGCUUGUAGCACUUGCUUGUGAGCUAUUACA